CAUUGUGACGUGUUCAUGUUUUCAAUAUAACUGAUAAAAACUAGUUCUUUAUCAGUUAUAUUGAAAGUUUGUUCGAUAAAAGACGAUUCGUGUUUCAGAGUGUUUUAAAAUAAAAAAAAAUGAAAGAUCCGACAGUCGAUUCGCAACCUUAUGUACGGCCAUCUCAAGACCCUCCGCCGUACCCUGGUCUCCCAGAUGGACCUAACUAUCCUGGUCCACCUGGACCAAAUUACAAUGAUCCAAGAACUGGACAAAGUUAUCCUGGCUACCCAAUAUCAAGUCAGCCACAAGUCACAGUGGUUCAUCCCUCUAGCACCACAAUAUACCCAGCUGUCGUUAUUGCAAACAGUAUGAGCCCAAAUCCUUCGCCAUACGUAUGUAGAUCAUGUAACCAACAAAUAAUAACCAGGGUUGAAAGAACUCCAUCUUUGAGAACACAUUUGCUUGCGCUGAUGUUAUGUAUUCUUGGUUGCUGGCCGUGUGUGUGUCUUCCUUAUUGCGUGGACACUUGCAAUAACGCUGAACACUAUUGUACGAAUUGCAAUGCAUACGUUGGAUCUUACGUCGGAUAAGAGAGAAGGAUACUGGAUCCGUGUGGUUUCGGUAGAGUAGAACAGAG